CACCUAGCGCCCUAACACAGCCUUCUCAUGAGCUCUGAAACACAGGAGCCCUAGCGCUCUAUGUCUCUAAAUCUGUAGCUUACUGCAAGCUUACCACGGGCACACAACACAGGCACCGUUCUGCAUCCAAACAAAGGGUCCUUUUCAAAAUAUAGUAUUCUUUUUUUUUUUUUUUGUCGUGAAGGGAAUAAUUACCAAUAAGAAUGACAGAACUAUAAAAUAAAUGAUUAAGAUGAGGAAGGAUUUAAAGGAAAGCAAGAACGAAAACAAAACAGGGGCAAAGUCUUUCAAAAUAUAUCUUAAAUCAUUUACUAAUUCAGCGUCGCCUUAAAGCAGAGAGCUGGGUCCUUGCAAUGCAGAUUUGGGUUUCUUGGGGCUUAAUACCGGUCUCAAGGAAGGAGUUUCCACCUGUAACGACCUUUUCAAGGCACUUCCGUGUUUGGGAAACAUUCUAUACCUGGCACAGGUGCGCAGGGCUCUCGAGACUGGCUGAGCACACAAACAAAACGAAGUUCCAUUGAAGUAAAAUUGCCAUUCGGGUAGUGUCUGUUCUGCGUUUCGUUUACUCAGAUAGGCUGCCGUAGCCUACCGCAAUGUCGUCUGAUUUGAACGACUCCGAUUUGAUACCUGUGUCCUUGCACGGGAAUGACGUUGAGCUCCUGGCGGCUGCGGCGGUAAGCGACGAGGAGAAGUCCGCUUGUCAUCCUGGAGAGGGCGAGAAAGCGCCAGCUGCUGCUGCUGCUGCCGCCGGUGGUGCUCUCCACGCACCGGGAGAUGACAAGACCCGGGGGAAACCAGACAGGAACCAGCCUCCAGAUCGCAGCGCGGACUGCAGCUCGGAUGUGAACGGCGACCGCAGCAUCGCACUGCCGCAGAAGGACGGUGCGCAGAAUUCGGAUAAGGAGGACACGGGUUCGGGUUCGGGUUCGGGGGAUCGGUGCGCGGAUCACGAAUCCGAGUUAGACUGGUUCUGCAGCACCGAAGACAGGCUGAUCUGCUCCCGCUGCGUGGUUACGGGCACCUGCAAAAGCCACACAGUCACACCUGUUUUGAAGAAAGCCGCUGACAUGAGGAACAAGCUUGUGGACGCGUGUGAGAAGCUGCAGUUGAAAGCGGCCGGGGUCGAGAGGUUCGUGGCGGAGACGCUGCCAGUGAAGAAGCAAGCGGCGCUGGCCGGUGCGGCAGAGGCGCGGGAGACGCUGGUCCAGCGCUUCAAUCUGAUCCGAGAGGCCUGUGAGAGCGAGGAGCAGCGCCUCCUAGAGGCGGUGCUCGAGGAGGAGGAGCGCACGCAGCAGGCCAUCCUGACCCAGCAGGCACACUGGGCCGAGUCUCUGAAGCACAUCUCCACAGCCCGGGGGCACCUGGUCCGAGUGCUGACUGAGAGGGACGACCUGCAGCUCGUGAAUUCUACCAAGGAGAUUUUGGAAAGGGUGGAGGAUGCGCACAGUAUCCUGGAGCCCCAGGACUCCAGGAAGAUGAAUUUUAACUCGAGUUGCGUUCAGAGUCCUCUGCUGCUGGGGAUGUGGGCGACGGCAGCACUGGUGUGCAGAGCAGCCCCUGCAGACCUGACCUUCAAUGACAGGACAGUCAGCCCCCUGCUGGGCCUCUCGGAGGACGGCCGGACGCUCCGCUUCCUUCCCAAGAGAGCGCGGCAGCCCUGCGAGUACAGCCCCGAGCGCUUCGACAGGUGGCCCAACGCGCUGGCAGGGCGCAGCUUCAGCACCGGCACGCACAGCUGGCUCGUGGGGGUGAAGGGCAGCAGCGCCUUCAAGCUGGGGGUGAGCUCUGGCCGAAUAGAGCGCAAGGGCCAGGGCAGCGAGGCGCGGCUGGGCUACAACCCUCACUCCUGGGUGCUCUCGCACUACGAAGGGGAUUACUCCUUCUCCCAUGCGGGGCGCCACCACUCCCUCUCCCUGCUGCGCCGCCCCGCCACGGUCGGGGUGCUGCUGGACUGCCAGGCCGGGCAGCUGCUCUUCUUUGAUCCCGAGUCCUGCAGCGUGCUGUACUCGCACCACGCCAGCUUCACUGAGCAGCUGUACCCAGCCUUCGCAGUGGCAGACAGCAGCAUCACUCUGCUCAGCCACUAGAGGGCUCCAGAAACACCCCCACAGACUGGACGGGGUCCGGCAGGCCGGGCCAGGUCUGUUAGUUUAUUGUAACUGUUUAUAGUUUUGAAUUGUUUGUAUUUGAUUUGACUCUUUUACUGUGGUGUUUGUUUGUUUGUUUGUUGUGUUUGCGAUGUGUUCCAAUACGUAAUGCAGGCCCUCUUUAGAGCCAUGUGAUUACAUGCAGGCUUUUUAUGCGUUAUGUUGCUGAUAUAAUUGUAUCCCCUCACUGUUAGUACAAAGUACUGUACACUGAUCAGACUGCACGAGAGCGUGUGAGUGUGUGAGUGUGAGUGUGUGUGAGUGAGUGUGUGUG